AUGGAUUUCAUAAAAGAGCAAUAUAACAGCAUUGUGCUAGAACUUAAAAAGACUUUCAGAAACCCUAGAGAUGGCAUAUCACAUAUAUUGAACGUAGCAUGCUUGCUCUUGAAUGCUUUGAUGAUAUGGAAGCUUCUCGUUGUUCUUACAGGCUGUGAGUCACCAGUUGUUGUAGUACUGAGUGGUAGCAUGGAACCAGGCUAUUUCAGAGGAGACACAUUGGCAUUGUAUCAUCCACCUAACAUUCAUGCAGGUGAUGUUGUGGUUUACCAAAUAAAUGGAAGAGAUAUCCCCAUUGUGCACAGGAUAUUAAACAUUCACAUUUCUAAAGAUAACAAAUUUCAUUUAUUAUCAAAAGGUGACAAUAACAACAUUGACGACAGAGGAUUAUAUGAGCCUAAUCAAUACUGGUUGGAGAAUGAACAUGUUCUUGGUCUUUCAGUUGGUUAUGCACCAUACAUUGGUAUCUUAACUAUAUGGGUUAAUGAAUAUCCCGCUAUGAAAUGGGGAAUCGUGUCUCUCAUGCUGUUCAUGAUAUUACUUGGGUAUGAGUGA